CUGGAAACAACUUGCAAAACAAAUAUGUUACUCUUGCUUUUAAAUGUAUGAGUUCUUUAUUUCAAAACCAUAAAAAUGUACACUUGCUCUGUAGACGAUAAAGAAGCAUGAAAUUUUAGCUUCAAUGGUCUUCUUGCUUUGCUAAAGCUCAUAAUACGGUCAUCCCUAUACCAACAGGAUACACUGGCGAUGGAGCAAACAUCUAGUUUUAAAGGGAGGAUAAACAAAAAUUACUCCCCAAAUGAUGGAGAGAAAUAUUGGGACUGGAUACACUCUGUUGAUGCGACACUUGGUCUACUAAGAAGCAGACCACGUGAUGCGAGCACUUACAGGGUUCCUACUAAACUCCGAGCAAUAAAACACGAAGCAUACACACCUCAAACAGUAUCCAUUGGUCCAUUUCAUCGACACAAGCCUGAGUUGCGAGCUAUGGAGGAGUUCAAAUGGAGAUACAUGUUAGCUUUUGUUGAUCGUGUGGUCAAAGCAGAUGUUGAAAAAACGCAAAGAAAGGAAUUAGAUGGCGUUUCUAGUGAACACUCCCCUGAAAUAUUAGCAUUAGAUAAGUGUAGCACAAUUGUAACAGAACUGGAAGAAGAGGCACGUGCAUGGUAUGCUGAAGACAUCAAUCUAGACAAGCAUCAAUUGGUCGAGAUGUUACUUGUUGAUGGUUGUUUUAUAGUUGAACUCUUUCUCAGGUGCAAAGUGACAGAUAUGCAAACGACUAACGAUGACAUUCGUGUAGCUCCCCAGGGCCAAGUCCCAUUUGUAUCGCUUGCAGGUAAUUUCACUAUGGUCCAAACUCUGGCACAUGAUCUGAUGCUACUCGAGAACCAAAUUCCUUAUGUCAUUUUGCAACAGCUUUUUAACAUUUUACAAGGUUCUAAGCAAACAUCAAAUGAUAUGUCACUUUCAGAGUAUGCCAUUUGGUUUUUUAACUCUGCACCAAUGUUACAUUAUAAAUUCUUGGAAAUUAUUAUACCAAUCGAUGACACCUGCACUCAUUUAUUGGAUUUGUUGCACGAUGCUUGCUUCUUCAGCUUCAAGAAGUUACCCUCUAAUUACUACCACAAAAACUGGGGUUUCAAAAGAUGUGCAACAGAACUCCUACAGUCUGGCUUUAAAAUUGUAUGUGGCAAUAGAUUGCUCAUAGUGGACAUUGCAUUUGAUGAAGGAGAGAUUGCUAUCCCACAAGUGAUCAUAGAUAAAUCAAGUGAUACGUUGUUUAGGAAUCUCAUUGCUUUGGAACAGACUAGCAUUGGCAGACAGGCUAUUACCUCGUAUGUCAAACUUAUGAGCAGUUUAAUUCGUUCCCCUGAAGACGCUUAUCUACUUGAACGGGCAGGUAUCAUCAUAACAUCAGAUGAGGUCGAGGACGCCUCUUCUUUCUUUAAGAGUUUAUGCAGGGAAGUUUUUUUCGUAGACUUCUAUUUUGAAGCUUUGUGUGAAGAGGUUGAGUAUUAUUAUAUUCCUCUCUGGAGAUGGCGCAGAGUGAAGGGAUAUUUUAGUAUCAUGUGGUUUAGAUGGAAAGAUUCUAUUAAGGACUUGGAACGAGAAUAUUUCAGAAACAAAUGGAGUUUUAUAGCAUUCUUUGCUGCAUCUUUUGUCAUCAUUCUAGCUCUCUUGCAGACUUUCUAUGCUGUUCGCUCCUACUAUCCUCCAUACCACUGAAACCGCAAAUUUGACUAAUUCCUUUCACUAUCUACUUGUAAUGAAUGUUUAAUAUAAGUUUUGAAUAAAAUAAAGCAUUGCAUUAGGUUU